AUGGCUGCUCGUCUCUUCUCCUCCGCCAGGCUCGCCCGCCCCUCUGCCCUUUCCACGACUGUCACCCAGGCCCGAGGCUAUGCCUCUGGCGCCCCCACUGGCGGUGCUAACUGGGGUCUUAUUGCUGGUGCUGCCGGUGCUGCUGGUAUCGGCGCCUAUGCCUACCUCCAGUCCAACCCUGACAUCAAGAACAAGCUUGAGAGCAAGGUCAGUGAGGGCGUCAAGUCCGCCGAGGCCCAGAAGGACGCCGCCGAGCGAGCUGCUCCUUCCAUCGCUGCCCUCGUCAAGGACUCUUUCGUUCCUUUCACCCUCACCAAGGUUGAAAAGUACAACCACAACACCAACAUCUACCACUUUAGCUUUGGUGAGGAGGGCAAGGACAAGACUUCCGGUGGUGAGGUUGCCAGCGUUGUGCUCAUGAGGUCUCCCGAGGGCGACUUUGAGCUCAAGGAUGACAAGGGCAAGCCUGUCAUCAGGCCUUACACUCCCGUCUCUCCUCCCAACCAGAAGGGCUCCAUCGAGGUUAUGAUCAAGGAGUACCAGGACGGCAAGUUCUCCCACUGGCUCGCCGGUCAACAGCCCGGUGCCCAGGUCCUCUUCAAGGGUCCCCUCCAAAAGUUCAAGUACCAGCCCAAUGGUUUCGACAAGGGUCUCUGUAUCGCCGGUGGUUCCGGUAUCACUCCCAUGUGGCAGUUGAUCACCCACUCCUUGUCUCUCCCCGAGGACAAGACCAAGUGGACUUUGAUCUACUCUAACGUCUCUGAGGCUGACAUCUUGUUGAGGAAGGAAUGGGACGCCCUCGCCAAGGCCCACCCCGACCGACUCGAGAUCAAGUACGUCGUCGACAAGGCUCCUUGGGGCUGGAAGGGUGAGACCGGCUUCAUCACCCCCGACCUCAUCAAGAAGGUCUUCCCCAGGACCGAGGGUGACAAGGUCCGUGCUUUCGUCUGUGGUCCUCCCGGCCAGAUGAAGGCCAUCUCUGGACCCAAGGACGGUAUGAAGCAGGGUGAAUUGGCUGGUGCGCUCAAGGAGUUGGGUUACACUUCCGACAAUGUCUUCAAGUACUAA